AAUGUAUUAUCAUGAAUGACACAUCUUCUUCACUUUCUUAUAUACUCUUGACUGUUUUUCUUCUCAAAUCUUCAUAUAUUGACAGAUCUGUGUCUGCUGAUGAUAGUGAACUCAAUGUUGAAUCAUUGAUUGAGAACUUGAAGGACGCGAUAAUGAAGGAAUUGCCUGUGCCAUGUAUGACCGGGUCUCCCGCAUCCCCCCCUGCCCCUGUUUUCAGUUCUCCCGCUCCCGCUACCCCUGUUCCCGCAACCUUCACUCUCACUACUCCUGCUCCUGCUACUUCUGCUUCUCCUGCCUCUGUCAUCUCUGCUUUCAUUAUCAGCUCUUCUCAUUUCAAGAAGAUGUUGUGUAGACUUGAUGAAUCACAUUUCUCAGUAU